AAUCCCGGGAGGUGCGGGAGGCCCGAAGGGACAGAGGUGGCCCUCCCGCGCGCCGCGGCCACAGGUGCGCCCAGGCCUCCGGGCUGCGCUCCCCCGGGCCCCGCCCGCCGCGCCCCGCGGUGUCGCCCUCCCCUGGCAGCGGCGGGCGCUGCGCGGGAGGCAGCGGCGCGGGAGGCGGCGGCGAGAGGCGAGCCGGGCGCGGCGGCAGCGGGGACGACCAGGGCUGGAGCUGAGGCCAAGCCGAGGGCGCCCGAGACCCCCGCCCGGCGCGUCCUCUGGCUGCGCAGUGCUCAGCUCCGGGCCCGCGGAGACAUGAACGCCCCGCGGCCCCACGCACCCCGGGCGCAGCGGCCCGGCCCCGCGGCCCCGUGAUGGGCUCCUGCGUGUCGCGAGACCUGUUCACAAGUGCCCACAAGGACUGCCCCAUGCCCCAGGGCACGGACCCCUUGAACCCAGACCUGCCCUCGGGCUGCACUCCUAUCGUGGCUGUAGACCAUGUCCCUGGCAAGGACAAACAGAUGGAUUUCUGUUGGGAUCCUUGGCAGAGGUGCUUCCAGACCACCAACGGCUACCUGUCCGACUCCAGGUCCUGCCGCAGCAACUACAACGUGGCAGCCCUAGCCACCUCGUCCCUUGUGGGGGUGGUGCAGAGCAUCAAGGACCACAUCACAAAGCCCACGGCCAUGGCCCGAGGCCAUGGCCCACCUCAUCGAGUGGAAGGGGCUGGAGUGCCCAGCGGGCAGGCUGGGAGCUGUCCCCAGCUGAGGACGAGCCACUGCUGCCUCCCGGAUGAGCUGCGUGAGCCCGCUUGCUGCAGCAGAGAGGGCGAAGAGCCUUACUCCAGGACUCAUCUCCACAUCCCUUUGCUUUUCCAGAUCUGGAGAAAGAUCUACCUUCAGCACAGCCUUCCCAGUGGCUCCCCGCAGGAUGGCUGGUGUCUGCUCCUCAGGGAACUCAAGGACUUUCAGGAGAAACCAGGGCAGCCUGGCCCAGAGGAGCAACAGCCAGGCCCCCAGGAGGACAGCCAUGGAGAGAACUGA